GCUCAAGUGUUGACAUGGCUCGCACCAAGCAGACCGCCCGCAAGUCCACCGGCGGCAAGGCCCCGCGCAAGCAGCUGGCCACCAAAGCCGCCCGCAAGAGCGCCCCGGCCACGGGCGGCGUGAAGAAACCCCACCGCUACCGGCCCGGCACCGUGGCGCUGCGCGAGAUCCGGCGCUACCAGAAGUCGACCGAGCUGCUGAUCCGCAAGCUGCCGUUCCAGCGCCUGGUGCGCGAGAUCGCGCAGGACUUCAAGACCGACUUGCGCUUCCAGAGCUCGGCCGUCAUGGCCCUGCAGGAAGCCUGCGAGGCCUACCUGGUGGGGCUGUUCGAGGAUACCAACCUUGCAGUCAUGUCUGGUCGUGGCAAGGGCGGUAAGGGUCUUGGCAAAGGGGGCGCCAAGCGCCACCGCAAAGUCCUGCGCGAUAACAUCCAGGGCAUCACCAAGCCCGCCAUCCGCCGCCUGGCCCGGCGCGGGGGAGUGAAGCGCAUCUCCGGCCUCAUCUACGAGGAGACCCGCGGCGUGCUGAAGGUGUUCCUGGAGAACGUGAUCCGCGACGCCGUCACCUACACGGAGCACGCCAAGCGCAAGACCGUCACCGCCAUGGACGUGGUCUACGCGCUCAAGCGCCAGGGCCGCACCCUCUACGGCUUUGGCGGCUAAGCCUUUGCGCUUUGUGUUUUUUUGCUGCAUAAAGGCCCUUUUCAGGGCCACCCACUUAGCUCUCUGAAGCGCUGUAGCAUAGAAGCGGGACUGGAACUCGUGUUGGCUCACAUUGUGUUUUUUACGUCCCAGGCCUCUGGCAUUGCGGACCUUUGUUGUGGAGGACCUUCCGAGACAGACAGCUGGUUGGAACUGUUCCAAAAACUGGGCUACCCUCGGCAUCUGUACCUCUUCUACCCUAGAACCCACCUACCGCCUGACGUCUGUGGUCGUAUUGUCACGCUGCUGCAUAAAAUUUCUGAUGCCUCAGGAACAAUUGGUUGUCAGACUGAACUUUGUGUCAUGGUUCUUUGACAAGUAUAUGGAAAAGAAGAACUGUUUGUUUUUGAUGAAACGGAAUAUGCCUUGUAAGAACUGACAUCAAUAUGAGGAGGGGUAAUGUUGUCUAUUAGAUAUUACAGGAUCAAAAUUAUGGAUAAUGUUAAAGGCCAAGAGGCUUCCGAUACAUCCGCAGAUGAGUCAGGUGUUAAUGCACUCAAAUAAUCAAACAUAGGAACAAAACUAGUCUGUAGGCAUUUUUCUGUUUCACUUUUGUAAUAAGGAAUAUAAAAAGUUUUAUCUUAAAACAUCUUUUAAAAUAGUUGGUAAACCUUCAUAUUGGUGAAAUUCUAUUUGUUAAUUGAGGGGUAUACAGUUUCUUUUCAAUUUUCUAAAAGGAAUGUAUAGUAGUAGUUUUCACAAUCAUAUAUAUUUCCAAAUUGUCUUCUAUAAAAUAAGGAACAAUAUACUUCGCCUGUGCUUACUUGGUAAACUUCAAAAAUACCUAUCAUAACCAACACUUUAAUGCUUCCUCUCUAGCCAGGCAGUGGUGGCGCACACCUUUAAUCCCAGCACAUGGGAUGCAGAAGCAGGCGGAUUUCUGAGUUCAAGGCCAGCCUGGUCUUCAGAGUGAGUUCCAGGACAGUCAGGGCUACACAG